CGCGCACCUGUCCAUGAUAAUUGACGGCUGUGUGUGUGUGUGUUUUAAAAAACUUAUCGAGAUCUUUAUGGGUAAAAAUAGCCAUAAACUUUAAGCCGAGUCAAAAGGUUGUAUUUUGAUACAUAGAUAAUUAUGAUAGAAAAAUAAUAUUUAGUGCCGCAACUAAUUUCACUAAUUGUUAGAAAGCGUCAAGGCUUGAAGGUCAACACACAACCACUUAUAACAUGCUAAAGCAUUGUAUGGUGUCGCUACCGGAGUUCGGGCUGUGAGACGGAAACCGCAGACAGCACCGCAGAUACCACAGGUUUUAAAAAGAGUGGGUGGCUCUGGGAGAAGCAGGUGGAAGCCGCUCCGUGUCGCUGCUGCAGCUGCCCUUCAUUUGAAACACAACCCCGUUGGGGAGAAAGAAACUCCGGGUACACAGUAAAGAAGGAAAAUCCAAACGUCAGCUUAAUUUAUUAUUGCCGAUUGUUGGAGGACACCGAGGAGGAAAUAUUCCCACGUGGAAUUUGUACACACGCGCGUGAGGCGAAGGAGCUACGGGGGUAAACUUCCUGACUUGAACGUGAUUCUGUCUUCUCCGGAGCUGGAACAGGCGGUUAUGAACUCUACUGGCCACUGAUCACCUGGGGACUUUAUCUGCGCUGUAAAGCACAAUUUCUUCAACAAUCAAUAUUUCCUAGAAAUAAAAGGAGUUGUACCUCAGGUCCGCGGCAAUGGGGGAGCAGCCGAUCUACACCACCAGGGCCCAUGUUUUCCAAAUCGAUCCAUCCACCAAGAAGAACUGGGUUCCAGCCAGCAAGCAGGCUGUCACCGUCUCCUAUUUUUACGACAGCACACGUAACAGCUAUCGCAUUAUCAGCGUUGAUGGAUCCAAGGUUAUCAUCAACAGCACAAUCACACCCAACAUGACGUUCACCAAAACGUCACAGAAGUUUGGUCAGUGGGCAGACAGCAGGGCCAACACGGUGUUUGGACUGGGUUUUUCUUCAGAGCAGCAGCUGUCAAAGUUUGCUGAAAAAUUUCAGGAAGUAAAAGAUGCUGCCAAAAUGGCAAGGGACAAAUCUGAAGAGAAGGUGGAGAUGGUGAUUAAUAAUUCUCAGGAGUCUGAACGCCAGACGCCUUCAGCCGACCAGGCGUCAAGCUUUAACGGAACAGAUGAUGAAAAAAUCUCCAUCGUCAGUCCAGAGGCCGCCCAGCUGAAGACUGAAAACGAACGUCUGAAGAGCGUCGUAGAGCAGAGCAACGCCAACACCAAGAAGUGGGAAACGGAGCUCCAAACUUUAAAAGAAAAUAACGCCAGACUGGAGGAUGCACUGCAGGAGUCUUCCUCUAAUGUAGAGAGCUGGAAGAAACAGUUCAGCACCUGCAAGGAGGAGAGUGACGCGCUCAGGCAAAAGAUUGCAGAACUUGAGGCCCAGUGUAACGAAGCCAACCAGGAGAAGCAGAAAAACGCCCAGCUGACCGCUCGAGUGAAGGAGCUGGAGGCUGAGCUGCAGGAGAAGGAGCAGGAGUUGGAAAACCUGAGGAAGCAGGCAGAGAUCAUCCCACAGCUGAUGGGAGAGUGUGACAGCAUCACUGCUAAACUGAAGAUUGCAGAGACGAGGAACAAGGAACUGGAGGGAAGAGUCGAGGGUCUUCGAGUGGACAUAAAUGACAGUCGACAAAAGCAAGGGAACAUGAAGGGCGAGCUGAAGAAGUUCAUGGAUAUUUUGGAUGGGAAGAUAGAUGAGCUGCAUGAGUUCAGGCAGGGACUCUCCAAACUGGGUGUUGAUAACUGAGGAAAGUGGUGCAGAGCUGAAAGGGUCAGAGGUCAGGGCAAGAAGGAUUCACUAAAGUAUUUCUUCAGGGCAGAAACAAUGUGGCACCUCCCCCCCCCCCCCCUCAUCGAGGUGAUGUCCACUCUGAAACUAUCAGCUUUGGCUUCUAAUCAACACCACCUUCAGAGAGAGCGAGAGAGAUGUUUGGGAGAUUGGUAAACUAAAACGAGGAACGCCAGUAUGUCUCACAAAAUGACUCCAUUUUGUGUGCUGGCAUUGUGAAACAAGUAUAUUUUGAGCUUACUCGUGUGUGUGUGUGUGUGUGUGUGUGUGUGUGUGUGUGUGUGUGUGUGUGUGUGUGUGUGUGUGUGUGUGUGUGUGUGUGUGUGUGUGUGUGUGUGUGUGUGUGUGUGUGUGUGUGUGUGUGUGUGUGUGUGUGUGUGUGUGUGUGUGUGUGUGUGUGUGUGUGUGUGUAAUUUACAAGAGAUGGUGGUGGGUCUUAUAUUCUGUCCAUCUGUCACUUUUUUAAGGCUGCAGAAACUCAGCACAGCUUAGAGUAGAAAGGGUGCUUAAAGGGCUAAAACGGACAACACAAGUACGAUGCUCUUCAGCAUUAAUAAAGUAAUAAUUGGUGGCCCCAUCAGAGAUUUGAAGAUCGAGUCCCUCUACAGACUGUCCUCUCAGCUGCCUCGUCUAUCUCAGGUGUGUUAGAAGACAGUUGGUAUAUAUAAAAUUUAUAUGCACGUAAACGACAAAUGGGCGUGACACGAAGUGCCUCCAGGGGGAAUCUCCCUGGAAAGGAGAACAGGCCAGCUGAUGACCAUCACCAUAAUGACAACUUGGUUUUUGUGAUCUAACCUGAAGAUGGAGAAACAUGAUCUCUGAUAAAAACAGACAGGCAUAUCUGUCCUGAUGCUCCUAAGGCUGGUAACAGAACGCACAGACGCUCAACGGUACAUGAAAAUCUCCUGGAAGAGGAUUUUUUUUCCCCUGCAAGUUUGUUUUUCCAUCACCAAAAAGCAUUUUGAUUCAUAUUUGCAUAAAGAAGGAAAACUCUUGUUUCAGGAUUUUCUGUUCAGAAAAAUCCAAAUCAUGCCAUGAGUGUGGUGUUGAAGGACCUUAUUCUGUGUGUUAUUAGUGUUGUUUGUUUGUAGAACAAACAUGUGUGUCUAAGGCUGUUGAUGUGCUUCCUAAACUCCUGUUUCUGUUAUGGUGAUUAUUUCUGGAAGAGGGGACAUGGUGCUGCUAGACAGGUGAAUAAUGUGAAAGUGUGCUUCUCAGAGGGGGUGUAGAUCGGGUUAUUUUCACUAGAAACCCUGUCAUUCUUGCUUUUAGUCUUAUUUAUUUUUGGUGCCUCUCUGCAGAUGUGUUUCAGACCAAGUAAAUCACCCUCGAUUUGUUGUCCUGAUGUAGAACAAUGUACUUAACACUAAACUCUCAAACUGAGAGCUACUCCGAACUAUGAACCGUGCUGCAGCUGAAUUAAUAAGUGCUGCAUCUGAGAUCAAAGGCACUCUGGUGGAAUACAUUUGCUCUGUUACUCUGACAUGAGACUAUUUCUCAUCACUGUUUUGAUCUUGUCAAAAGGCUAAGAUAUUUAAUGAAGGGACUUUUCUCUCCUGUUUGUAACUUGCCUGAAUUGGGACGGUAACGGCGUGUGCUUCUUCCUGUUGAACCAAUGCCUCUUGUGCACUUUUGUGAUUUUUGUUUAACAUACAACAGAACAGACAAUUGAUAAAGUUUAGUUUAAUUACA